AUGAAGAUCUCGUCCGAGUUCGACAGCGAGGAGAAGGUCUUCAUGAACAAGGCGUCCGUCCGCCUCUUCGACGGCCUCGCGAAAAUCAAGGCGUCGUGUCAGACGACGCUGCGCGGCGAGUGGUGCUACCCGCUGGUGAGCGUGGCGACGAAGCACGUGACGGUGGACUACGACGUGGACGGCAAGAACGCGCUCGUCGGGCUCAACGCCGACGUCGGCAACCACAGCGUCGCGUACCGCCGCGACAUGCAGGCGAAGCGCAGCUCGGUGUCAACAGUGAUUCGCAGCGAGGACAGCAGCAAGAGCGCCGAGUUCAUUCUCGACUCUACCGUCGGCAGCUACAUCCCCUCCACGCUCGCGAAGGCGACGCUGCUGUUCCCGCGGGGCGACCUGCGGUUCGUGGACGAGUCAUGCGAGUACGAGGACAGCAAGGGGCUGUCGGGCUCGCUCUCCGCCAACGUGCUCAAGGGGCUCGCCAUGGCCAGCUUCUCCCAGGCCGACAGCGCCAUCAACCUGCGCUACCACUUCAAGAACGACAUCAUAACAGUGGCGCCGUCGCUGUCGUGGCCGUCCAACCACAUGCACCUCACCUUCAAGCGCCGCUUCAACGACAAGCACAAAGUCAGCAUGUCGUACGAGGUGCAGGAGCUGAACUACAGCGCAGUGUACAAGUACAAGCCGCGCGACCACGUGAAGGGCAAGCUGGGCUAUGACAGGGCUGCAGGCCUCGCCUGGGGCUCGCUCUGGCUGGGCAACGAGUCGGAUGGGUGUUCCGGGACGCCAAUGAAGACCAAGAUGCAGCUCAUGCUGCAGCUGCUUUCGCGAGGCACAUCCACCUCGCGCGCAGCCCCGCAUUUCCAAAUUGCACGCUACCGCACUGCUGCAAUGGCGGCGCUCCGGAGCUUGUCUCUUCACGCGCCCCUCUCCACGCCGUCCCAUGCCGCUUCCGUGGGGGCGCGCGCGCAGAGCCAGCGCGCGGCGCUUUCCGCAUCGUUCACCGGGCUGCGGAGACGCUCCGCCGUGCGAUCGCCGUCGCAGCAGCAGCAGCGGCGGGGGCGGUUCGCGCCCGCUCUGCACGGCGCGAAUAGCGGGAGACCUGCGAUUGUGCAAGCAAACUGGAACCAGGAGGUGGUGUUCGCGGACGCGCCCGUGAUCCAAUCGGAGAAGGUGGCGGAGCUGCUGUACGCCGUCUCCCUCGAUAUCAGUGACCUUUCGGAGAUCAGAGACGGUUACACGAAGCCGGGACAGUUCGUGCAGGUGAAGGUGGGCGACGCCAAGCCCGCGUUCCUCGCCAUCGCGUCGCCGCCCAGCGUCGCGCGCGACGAGGGGCGGCUCGAGUUCCUCAUCAAGGCCGUCGAGGGCUCCACGGCCGCGCAGAUCGCGGAGGCGAAGGCGGGCGCGCGCGUCGCGGUGAGCGCGGUGAUGGGGAAGGGGUUCAACGCGGACGCCGUGUCGCCCGCGGGGGACUACCCGUCGGUUCUGCUCUUCGCCACGGGAUCGGGCAUCAGUCCCAUUCGCGCGCUGAUCGAGCACGGGUUCGACGCCAAGGACCGCCGCGACGUGCGCCUCUACUUCGGCGUGCGCAACAGCGCCUUCCUGCCCUACCAGGAGCGGUUUGCAGCAUGGGAGGCGUCGGGUGUGCAGGUGAUUCCCGUCUUCUCUAACCCCGAGGAUGGCUGGACUGGCGCCACUGGCUUCGUGCAGUCGGCAUAUGGCGCUGCAACCCCCGUGGCCGAUGGCAGCAAGGCAGGGGCGGUGCUGUGCGGCCACAAGGGGAUGACUCAGGACGUGACAGCACUGCUGACAGAGCAAGGAGUGGCCAAGGACAAGAUCCUGAUGAACUUUUGA